GCCUCUCUCACCACCUGUUAGUGCGGACCCCUCAUGCACUGACAGCCACUUGUUUGUGUAGGAAUCUCCUCCACUCGCCAUCAAAGACUCUAUGACGGUUCGGAGAGGAAAGAAGCUCAGCAUCUCCAUCCAGGAACACAUGGCCAUAGACGUUUGCCCCGGCCCCAUCAGACCCAUCCGCCAGAUCUCCGCCUACUUCCCUCGCCUGUCCCCCACCUCCCCCACCCCCAUCUCUCCCUCCCCGAACCCCGCGCCCUCCCCCCCGCUGUCCCUCAGCCCUGGCUCCGUGGCCUCCGGGAUGGGCGGGUCUCACCUGCUGUCUCCUCUGCUGGCCCACGGCAGGCCGGGCGGGGGCGGGUCCUUAUCUCUGCCCAGCAGCGUGGACACGUCGGUGGAGAUCAACAGCUCCGACAGUGACGACUGCACCGCUCUGGGAACGCUGGAGUUCGAGCUGAGAUAUGAGCAGAGCUCCAACAAGCUGCACUGCACCGUGCUCCGGGCCAAGGGUCUGAAGCCGAUGGACUUCAACGGUUUAGCCGACCCGUACGUCAAACUGCAUCUGCUGCCCGGAGCCUGUAAGGCCAAUAAGCUGAAAACGAGGACGAUCCGUAACUCUCUGAAUCCAGUGUGGAAUGAAACGCUCACUUACGUCGGGAUUACGGAGGAAGACAUGCACAGGAAGACGCUCAGGUUGUCUGUGUGCGACGAGGACAAGCUGACUCAUAAUGAGUUAAUCGGGGAGUCGCGGGUCCCUCUGAAACGUGUGAAACCCGACCAGACCAAACAUUUCCACACCUGCCUGGAGCAUCCGCCACCGCUUCCCUCUCCAACUGCCAUGGGUGAAGCCCUUCGAGGAAUCUCCUGCUACUUAAGAGAGUGGGAGAACGAGCAGCUGCACAGCCUGGAGGAGCGAGGUCGACUUCUCCUCUCCCUUCAGCUCCUGCCUCCGGCCAGUCUGGAGGAGAAGGACGUAGAAGGAGGAGGUGGAGGUGAAGGUCGUCGCAGCGGGGGUCUCUGUGUGGGCGUGAAGCGCUGCGCCCACUUGGCAGCCAUGGAUGUUAAUGGAUUCUCCGACCCCUACGUCAAAAUAUACCUGAAGCCCGACAUAGAGAAGAAAUCCAAGCACAAAACAGCCGUGAUGAAAAGGACCCUCAACCCCGAAUUUAACGAGGAGUUCUUCUAUGAGAUCUCCCUGUCAGAGCUGACCAACAAGACUCUGGAGGUUACAGUGUGGGACUACGACCUGGGGCGCUCCAACGACUUCAUAGGUGGCGUCUGUCUGAGCUCGAAGUCCCAGGGUGACGCCCUCCGUCACUGGAUGGACUGUCUGAAGAACAAGGGCCAAAAGGUGGAGCGGUGGCACAUCCUGACCAACGAGCUGCCACGAACCCUCAGCCACGACUAA